UGGAGGACAAAUUCGGGGACUUUUAUGCAACGGCAGCCCAAUACCAGAAGCAAGCAGAGCAGUUCAUAUGCAAUUGCCUCCAGAAAGGCGACGGCAAUUUCCACAAGACCCCUGGUGGACUGCUGUGGCUCCAGCCCUGGAACAAUCUCUAUUCUCUAGUACACCUCGACUACUGCCUUUGUCUCGGCGGUGUACGCCAAGUACAUCGAAAAAAUGCAAGAAAAAGUCGGUUGCCCUGGUGGUCAGACGGAGCCCUCCGAAUUGAUCGCAUUUGCCCGGCCACAGGCGGGUUAUAUUCUCAGAGCGAACCCAAAUAACAUCAGCUACAUGAUUGGCUACGGGUCAAGAUGUCCGACCCAUGUGCACCACAUAGGGGCCUCCUUCGUCUCGAUGAAGAAUGAGUCAGCGCCCGUCUCGUGCAGCCAAGGAUACGGCUUGUGGCUUAACGGGGAUGCCCCCGACCCGAAUGUAUUGCGUGGAGCAAUCGCCAGGGCCCAGACGGGCAAGACGGGUACACAGACGCAAGGACGAACUAUCAGCAGGCGAGCCCGCAACCAUUAACACAGCACCAUUUGUUGGUCUAUUAGCUAGUCUCGAUUGAGCAUACUUGUCGACAUCUGAAUUUUUGUUGACAAUUCAAGCGA